AUGGCAUUAACGCCGCUAUGCCCGCCACGUGGUGAGAAAGUGGUGACAUCAGCACUAAUGGGCCACUCAACGCUCAACGCAGCGUCAACGUUCCGUUCCUUCCUUCCUGCGGCGUGCGUGCAUGGUUUCCUUCCUUCCUUCCUCCCUUCCUUCCUCUUUCGCCACGUGGUCUUCGCAGAGCUGACUCACCCCUGCCUUCUGUUUCCCAUCCCAUACUGCCGUUCCUGCAUACACCCUAUUCUCGCCGCCGCUUGUCUGUCCCUUCCUUUCUUCCUCCCACCGCCAACCAGCGCUCUUUCCAGAAUACGCCGCUGCAUACCCACCUGGCGCCCAUACCUACCAGACAAUACCGUAAUUACUAUUAGAGCAUUUGAAUACAUCAUCCCACAGUUUACUUCCUUCCUUCCUUUCUCCUUCCUUCUCUAUCAUCAGCCGUCACUCACCCCAGCCCACUCCGCAAAUGCUUUCUGCACAUUCCCAGCAGCCACCCGGACAGAUUCAACACGCUUCCGGCUCCGAAACACAACAUGUAUGGCCCACAUACUACCCAUCAGGCGGCCGGACGUACCUGCUUGACGGCAGUGGAAUCUUUGUAGAUCCAGACACCGGAGUAGGCCUUUCGUUGUGGAUAGACCCGGAUUUGCAGGAUAUAUUAGGGCUUAUCAAAGCUAUAUGGAAAGAGGGCGGUCACAUCUCACCAUCCCACGACAGUAUUUCAACACAAAUCCUUCUCAUAUCACCACAUAAGUCUCCCACACUCUAUACAUACUGCCAUCCCGACCGGUUACCACCCGGCCAUGCACACCGACAAAGUCAACGUAGACAGCCGCCGGAGAUGGGAAGAGAAGAACCUUGGCAGGUGAAGGUGAUGCUGGAUAGGUGCUGGGUCAGCCGGUGCGCGAACGCAGGGAUGUUUUUGGGGGAAGAUCAUGACUGGGGAGGAUGUAGAAUUGGAGGUCCGUUGGAAGAUGUCAAGACGCAAAGGUUCCCCCCGUCCGCGAGAUUGCGCCCUGUGUUGGAGAAAGGGGUCGAAGGCAAAAAGAGCCAGGAGGAGACUGAUGGAGGGGACAGCGAUGAUGAUGUGGCGAUGCUUCCCAUGCCGACAAGGAUACCGGCUAGCAGGAGUAAUGGGAGCGGGACUUUAAAGAUUAAUGGAGGGAAUGUGGUAUGGUUGAACGGGAACGGGAAACAGACUCAGCAGCCAUCACAGAUGUUUACCGUGAACUCGAGGGGAAAUGUCAAGUCUACGAACCACACUGCUGCGCCGCUGAAAGUGCAACCCAAAGUGUCCGCACAACCUGAACCACCACAAUCUCAGCCACACUCACACUCACAGCCACAGUCACAAUCUCUGUCGCAGGUCCCGAUUCAGCCCUCUCCUCAACUACAACCUAUCCAUCCCAAACCAACGUCCUCCACAUCAUCUACUUCCUCUCUCACGUCCACCCCUGGUGCAGGCCCUUCCAACUCCAAUGUUAAUGCCAAUAUGAAUUCCAGCUCAACCUCUAUUUCGACCUCUCGUCCCCUUUCACGGCUCCACCCACAUUAUGCCCGACGGUCUAGUGCGAUAGCAAUCGCCAAGCGACCAGCCGAGGUGGUGGACACAGUUGCCGAAAACGAUGACACACCGUAUACUUCGGAUGGAGAAUGGCCGGAAGAAGUGCAAAAGGUUGUGCAGGUUGAUCGGAAUUCGACGCUGGGAGAUUUGGCAGAGAUGUUUAGGGUGGAGAAGAUGAUGCUCGGUCCGGGUGUGCGAGAAAAGUAUCUUAUUGCAACCUUUAGGCAAAAGUAUGGUACAUAUUCUCUGCUUACAUGGAGAGAUUUGUACCUAAGUUGGCUCCACCAAACAGGCCAAUACGCCUAUCUUCUCACCAACAUUGACAAUUCUCAUUUACGACCUACCGAUCUGUUCAACGAGACCAAUCUUCAGCCUUUUCAGUACAGCGGUAGCAGCCCUCAAACCAAGUUUAUGGACCCAUCGACACUCAGUUGGACUGAUGUCCAUAUGAUCUUUGAAAAAGAGUCUGAAAAGAUCUCAAAGGCAGGACUGAGCAAUGAGCAAGCGGGAGAGUACCUUGCGGACAAGUACGGUGUCUAUAUCUCUGUGACUUGGGCAAGUUAUUUUGCCAGAUGGCAAAAACAACGUUUGAGCAAAAGAGAUGAAUUACAGUCCAACACACCGGCGGCACUCCCUUCCAUUCCUAUCCGCAUCACCGCCCGCGUCGGCCCACCAUCGUCGUCCGCACCUAACCGUUCGAUCCCGACAACGACAAUGACUGGGAACACAAACGCAAACGCCCCUCGUCCUUCUUCGUCAAACCGCCCCGGCCGUCGACGCAAGUCACGGUCUCCUUCAUCCAUCGAGCUUUCUGAUCUGUCAUCGGAUAACUCGGACGAUGAAGUUUCACCCUCGGGGGGUGGUGGUGGUGGUGGUGGUGGUGGUGGGGGAGGUACCAGGACUGCAGGGAUAGCGGGGAAUGCAGAGUACAUGACGAAUGAGAUGAUGUGUCAGAUCUUUGAGAAGGGGUAUAAAGGAUGGGAGAUGAAGGGAAUGAGUCGGGCGGAUAUAGCGAUAGAGCUGGAAAAAACGGUGGGAGUGUACAUGCAAGGGUCAUGGCAAAUUUACUAUACGAACUGGAAGACGAAAAAGGGCCGUUUUGCCUACCUAGCCAAGAAGGAGAAGGAAAAGGGAAAGAGAAGAAAUAAGGAGGGAGAAAGGGCAAAAAAGGAUGGGGAAAAGGAAAAAGAAAAGGAGCGGGAAAAGAAGAAUCCAGCCUUGUUCCUCGCCACACGGCCGUCUGGUUCUGCUGCUGGUGAAUUCACAUACUCUCAAAAUCUGGCCAUGACAAAACCGCCUCGCAAAAGGGCCAGGGUGCUCACUUCCAAGCACAGCUUUACGGAAGAUGAAGAGCGGGCCAUGGCAGCUCAUGUAGUAAAUAACGGUCUGACGACAGUGUUGCCUAGUUAUUUGACAUGGCAAACAUGGUCAGAGAAUCCCGAGGGUUUCCCAAAGCGGACGCCUACAUCCUAUGCCACACAUUGUUGGAAGUUUAGAGACCGCAUGGAGUCGUUUGUAGCAGAGCUGAAAGGCACGCCGGAUGACAAGAGAUACCAUGGCGAGUUGAUGAAGACGCAUACUAUGCGAGGGGACAAGGUGGUCAGUGAUCCUAAUGAUCUGGAUGUGUCGAGCGAGAUGGCGGAUGAGUUGGGGAGCGAGCAUGCGGGCGGAGACGCGGAGGAAGAGGAUUGGUUCUCUGAGGAAUAAGAUGCACAUAGUUGUUGUAUAGUUAUGUAUCCGAUGUAUUCGUAGAA